CUAGUAUUACAACAUUUAUUUAUCUAUCUAACAGUUUUCCUCACUCUCAAUUCAACGUUUGGCAGCAUUAUUUCAUAAUCUUGUAACUCUCGCUGUCGUAAAUAAGCAAAAUGCUGAACUUUGUAUAUCCAGAAGAGCUAUAUCUAUUUGUGGAGAGCAUUCGCUGCUUCCAAGUCCGCGAUGUGGGCAACAGCAAAUGGCUCGAAGUCCACGAAAUGAUCAUCAAGCUUAGUCAGCAGGCGGCACUCGAGGUGGCCGAGCAUCGCGAGGAAGAGGUUAAGGAGUUUCUCAUCUCGCGCGAUAAACUUUCGGUGCUCAUCCAUGAGGCGUACUGUGUGAAUCUGUGGAAAUCGCGGGUGCUGCCACAUCUGCUGGAGAUCGAUCCCAAUCCGCAGGCCACAUUUCUCAUCUAUACCGCACUGUAUCACGAGGCCGCUGCCGUGGCGCUGCUAGAUCUUUGUCUCUAUCAUCCCAGCGGCUGUGAAUCUUUGCAGGAUUCAGUGCUGGAUCUGAUCGAUUACUGUGCCCAAAGCGUGGCCCAGGUCAUUGGGCUGGUGAGCAUGGGUUACCAUGAAAACGAGACCAAGAUCGAUGUGGAUGAAGCGGUGCUCACCGAAUUGGAGCGUCAAAAGCGCGAUCUUCUCUAUAAGAUCGGUUUGCGUUGCGUUUCGUUGCUCAAUUAUGUGGCCGACAAUGUGUCGCUGUUCCAUUUAAGUGCCGGACGUCGUUUGCUUGUCACACACGAUAUUCCCUGGCUGAUGGUGGAUGUGUUGUGUUUCCGGCCGUGGCAACGCAAAACAAGCAAGGGACUUGAGCAGUUCAUAGACGAGAAGUGGACAGCUGUCGAGGAUGCUGCCAAGAUCACCAAGAUCGAAGCGCAAGCUUGGUUUUGUGUGCGCCAGCUGCUACUUAAUCCGCAGCUUAUGGAGAACUACACGCUAAACGAGUCGCGUUGCAAGCAACUCUCUAAGCUGCUGGGAAUGUUGCACGAGACGCUGUUAGAUCAGCUGCCUGUAUUAAUAGAGCUGAAGCAGUUCGUCAGUCGCUUAACGCUCAGUGGGAAUACGGCAAACAAGCAACAAAAUCUCAUUUUAGAGGACAUGCCCCAAAUACAGGAGCAACUUCUGAAGCAGGUAGAAAGCGAUGGUGGCUUCUAUCAAAUAGCUCAGAGUCAGGAUGGCAUCUUCUUGAACAACAACAAGGAAGAGAUAUGCGCGCUGGCCACCAGAUUGAGCAGCGCCUAUGGUACGGAAACUCUUUGUAAACUGGAACAGCAUUUGGCUGAUCUCGAACUGCAGAAGCCGCAGGAAGUAAAGCCGGAACAAGGUGCCGCUGGCGACGGUGUAGAUGCGGAGCUGAAGACGUCGCACAAAUGCGGCACGUGUCAGGAGCCGGCCAAAAAGAAAUGCGCGAACUGCAAACACGUGCACUACUGUUCACGCGAGUGCCAAUUGAAGGAUUGGCCAACGCACAAAAAUGCCUGUCAGGCAAACUAAUUACAUCAAUGAUAGUUUAAACAAAAAUCCAUAUUAAAAGAGCAUUCCAAAAAUGUAAUGUGUCGGGAUUUCUUACGAAUUUAUUUAGUUUAGCAAUAAAAAAUCAUGCCACGUAGUCUCUCAUUCAGCAGACAAGAACAUAAGCCGUUUAAUUUAGCUGUUCUGUCUGAGAUGGUCCUUAACCACAUCCAAAGCGGGCGUUUCCUCACCAAAGUCCUUGAUGACGACCACCGAGCAGCCGCAAACCUUGCGGGGCUUGCCCUCCUUGUCGAUCUUGCACAGACCCGACCAUUCGCCCAAUUUCUUGUGCGAGUCGACGCGGAUCAGUGGGAUCUGGUGCUCGUUGCACAGCGCGGUGACAAGCUUCUUGUAGUUGGGCUCAUCGAA